CAGAGAGAGAGAGAGAAAUAGAAAUUUUUGGCAGCUUGCAUUUUUCUUUGGUGUUCUUUCUUUUCAUCUCGAGAUCAAUCAAAUGGGUAACAAUCCUCAGGAAGCUAUCAAGAAGCUCAAAGCUCUGAUGGAUCAAGUUGAUCAGGCAAUGAAGAAAUCCUUUCAGAAUGUACAUCAAGGAUUUAUAACUGAAACGAUAGACAGAUUCUUAAAGGCACGAGAAUACGAUGUUGCCAAGGCUCAUAAAAUGCUGGUGGACUGUUUAAAAUGGAGGGUAGAAAACGAGAUUGACAAUGUAUUAAGGGUAAGUGCUUCAACAGCCCAUUCACUGCGAUGGCCCAAAAUUCUUAUGUUAACAUCUUUCCGCUGUCUGCAGAAGCCUAUACUUCCUGCUGAUGUCUACAGAGCAGUGAGAGAUUCACAGCUUGUCGGACUUUCAGGUUACUCGAAAGAGGGCCUUCCUGUAUUUGCCAUUGGCGUUGGACUCAGCGCAUUAGACAAAGCAACUGUGAAUGAUUAUGUGCAGUCGCACAUACAAAUAAAUGAGUAUCGGGAUCGUGUUAUUCUGCCUUCAGCAUCAAAAAAGUAUGGACGGCCCAUCACCACCUGCGUGAAGAUUUUAGAUAUGACUGGACUGAAACUUUCAGCACUUGGCCACACAAAGUUACUGACAAUUUUAUCAACCAUUGAUGAUUUGAACUACCCAGAGAGAACAACUGCUUACUACAUUGUAAAUGCACCUUACGUCUUUUCAUCCUGUUGGAAGGUUAUCAAGCCUCUCUUACAUGAAAGGACUAGGAAAAAGGUUCAAGUGUUACCAGGCUGUGGGAAAGAUGAGCUGCUGAAGAUAAUGGACUAUACAUCUCUUCCACAUUUCUGUAAACGAGAGAGCUCGUUGUCCUCCCGAUCAUCAGCUCGUCAAGGAGGCAAUAAUUGCUAUUCAUUGGACCACUUUUUUCAUCAACAGUUAUACAACUACAUCAAGCAACAAUCCUUGAUCAAUGAACCUGUUGAACCAAUUAGAAAAGGAUCUUUUCAGGUGAAUCUUCAGGUGCCAGCAUCAAAAAGCAAAGGAGCGGCUAGAACUAUUGAAACUGAGUUACGAAAGUAUGGGAAUAGACUUUCUGAUACACUGAUUGAACUCGAAAUAAUGUAAUGAUUGAAGCAACAGCAACUUUUGAGAUGAAUUUCUUUCAUUAAUGGUGCAUAUUCCUUCGGUGAGGAGAUGAUGGAAAGGAAAAUUUGGUUUUACCGAUUCUAACACUAUAGCCCUAUGGACAGUUCCAGUUUCAUGAUGGUGACAUCCAUAGUCUUGUUGAAAUCCACCACUAAAGCAAUAGAGAGUGAUUUCUAAUGAUGUAUCUUGAAACGUGCCUCGUUGUAAUAUAAAGUGCGCUUCUAUAUAGGUUUUUCGUGCUAAUUUUUCAAUUUA